AUGCUCGUAAAGCUUGACAACUCGGAGCCAUCGGCAGCCAGCUCUAUGCUGCUCCGACUAGUGAGCCAGAAUGUCCGUUAUGCCACCGAGAACCCCACUCACAACGAGAAACCGUGGAGCUUUCGGGGCUCGAAACUCUGUAACCAGCUGGACUUCAUCACGGCUGGCCACGAGUCAGCAUUCAUCUGUCUGCAAGAAGUCCUUUACUCGCAACUCGAAGACAUCCAGUCCUAUCUCGGUCCUGCCUGGGCUCACAUAGGCCUCGGUCGUGAUGAUGGCAAGCGUGGUGGCGAAUUUUCACCAGUGUUUUACCAGAUUGAACGUUGGCAGUGCGAACGGAAUGAAACUAUUUGGUUGAGCAAGACGCCGGGAAAGCCAUCUAGGGGAUGGGACGCAGUACUGAACCGUGUUGUCACCGUCGGAGAGUUUCUCGACAAACAGACCGACACGCGUGUAGUUGUCAUGAGUACGCAUUUCGAUCACCGAGGCAUUGUGGCUCGAGAGGAGAGCGCCAAACUGCUUCUUAAUGUUGCUCGAGAGUGGAGCAACGGAGCAAACGGCAAACCUCCGACAACUGUCCUGCUUGCGGGUGACUUCAACAGUACGCCGGAUGACAAUGCAUACAAGACAAUGGUAGCACCGGAGUCAGGCAUGGUCGAUGUCUCAACUCAGGUUUCCAAAGCGAAGCGCUACGGAAACGAAAUCACGUACACGUCGUUUGACGAGCCGGACGAGGAACCGAAGAGGAUCGACUUUUUGUUUGUGAAGGAUCCGAGCCCGGCCACCAUCAAGACAUUUGGCGUGCUGUCGAACAGAUUCGAUGAUGGCUUUUUUCUGUCUGACCAUAGGCCGGUUGUUGCCGACGUUGAGAUUCCUGUCUUACGAACGGCCAGCAGUAUAUUUUGA